AUGAACUUGACCAGAGAGAUCAGCCUGGAGCCGGUUGGACAGAUCUCAUCAGUACCUCAGACUCAGGAUGAGAAAGUACGCGCAAUUGCUACCAUGAGCGAUAUGCUCUUGCAAAGUGCCAAAGAUCAAUCGUCUGACGUCUACAGAUCAAGAGAAGGACUCAUAGAUUAUAAUACUACUGUCAAAUCUUGCCUGGCCCUGCUAAUGUCAUGUCUCAACCGUGAUUUCAGCCUCACCUCCAAGCUGGAAGCCAUCAUCCACUUCAAAAUGGCCAGAAUUUUGUUCGACGAAACCGAAAAUUUGAGCGAUGCUCUUGACAGCAUUACCAGAGCCAUCUCAUUGGUCAGUCGUCUAGAUGACAACUACCUGAGUCUCCAGAUGGAAAUUCUAUACUUCCAGAUCAUGUUCAAGAAGAACCGUUUGCAGAGUCUCAAGCUCCUCGACAGGAAGAUCCUCGAUCUACAGAAACUCAACGACCAAAGUCUUUCUCUGGUGCUACAGUUUGUUGGACUUCAAUAUAUCCGUGUUGCCAAGGAUUCCUCGGUGUAUCAGAAUAUGCUUACGGAUUUGGUCAGGAAAAGCACGCUUCAUUCAGGAAGGAACCCACAUCUGUUGGCGGCGUGUCUCUUAUACCGAAUCAACAGUUCCAUUUACAGCGGCAAUCUGCCAAUUGCGCAGAAAGACUUGAGCCAGCUCGAAACUCUGAUAGACAAAACAUUUCCAAUCCAGAUAAGAGCCAUGUUUCUGCUAUCUCAGCUACUAUGCUCUCUCAUGGAAUGUGAUCCCGUGAAAUCCAAAGAACGCAUAUACAUGGUUGACCAGUUUUUGAAGCACCAAAAGUCGAAGGGGUUUGCCAACUGGAAAUCGGAGAGGUUUUUGAUUAUGGUAAGCUCCACUGUUGAAAACGACAAUGACCGUCAUCACCAAACUCCGUUGGCAAUAGAGUGGAUGUCUUCUACGGAGUUUACCAUUCUCACGUUCUUCUAUUGUGGUAUGAACUAUUUGCUACGAACAUGGGAUGGCAAGCAAAGGGCACUGACCUUGUUCAAAAUGUGUCAUCAUCUCAUAGAUAAAGAGCUGGCUUCUGACUUCAAGUGCUCGUUGAACGAGCUGGAGUCCAAGACUUUGAAACUGAGAUAUUGGAAAAUCCUCAUUAACAUAUACGAGGCGUUGGAUUGUCUCAACAAUGGCGGUGUAUUGGCAUUCCAGGCUAAAAGAAGGUCUUCCUCCAAGGAUUUCAAGCCUCUUUUUGAGUUCAUCAAAAACUACGAGGGUGGACAAUUUUCAUCGCAGGAGCUGGCAGUCUACCAUAAGUUGGUUCCCCAGAUAUUUUAUCUGCUUGCCGUUGAAAGCCAUCAUCUCGGGGACUACGAAAGGGCCAAGAAGUUUUACAGCAAAGUCCGGAAGUCUUGUACUUCCAUGGAGACGGAGCUGAAUAACCGAAACUUCGUGAAUGAUGACACUGUAGUGUCUUUGAAGCAGUUGUUUGCAGGUGUGGGCCCAGAGAGAGGAGGCCCGUUGGAUUUGUACAAUCAGCUCUACUGCUUGAGCACUCUGAACCUAUAUGUAUUGAACUGUCACGAUGUCAUCAUGCUGAAGGGAAGGGAUAAGUCUGAAUCCCAAACAUCCAACCAGCUUUCGAAGGCUUGGAAACUGAGAGGCGUACUCCUGGAUGACCUUCACCAAAUGUGCAGCCAGCAGGACAACCUUUCGCAAUCAGACCCUCUGCUCACCGCUACGAUGAGCCUGAUUUCCGACCUGAAUUGGUUUGGUGAUUUGGCAAGACUCCCCAAAAUAAACUUCACGACCAUGGGAUCGAGGGAGUUGGAAAAGCUGUGCUCAAUCGCACCAUAUUUGGCGGCUAUGCUGUUCUAUCUGCGUGGUUCUACAGGAUCGGGAUUGGUGGGUUCUGACGAAGAACCCAAAUCUCAGCAGCAGAUAAAAGCUCUGAAAAGAAGCUUUGAAUUAUGGGUUUCUGCAGGAAAAAUCGGACGUACGGGGAGUAAGUCAAACAACCUUGGCUACCUCUGUGCGACCCAAAUGUGUCGAGUGAUGGAGUCAAACCCAAUAGAGUUUUCUCUCGAGCAGGUUAAGGUUCAAAAGGAGUUCAUGCAGAAGGUGAAAGAGGAUGAUGAAUAA